GGGUCGGUGCCUCCUGCCCACCUGCGCCCUGCCCGACCAGGGAUCAGCACCCUUCCGAGCGUCCCUACAUGACACCCUGCCUGCCCGGCUCAGAACCGCAGUGCGAGCAGCUGGUGCAGGGCGCACGGGGCAGCGGGGCCAUGCGGACGCGGGGCUGCGCGGUGCUCUGGGUGCUACUGCUGGCUCAGGUGGGUGGGCAGGCACCUGCGUGCGCCGUGGGACCCGCACCGGCGGCGCCUGGGAACCCGAGCGAUCCGCACCGUCCUCCUCCGGCGGAGCGCCGGGACCUAGCGGAAGAGGGCGAGUAUGCCCUGGUGUGGGCCUACGAGGUGGACCCACUGGGAGACUACAUGUCCCGUGAGCUCACGCAUCGCCAGCGGCAGCGGAGGGCAGUGGCACCGGGAGGGAGCGACUCUCUCCACCUCCGGCUGAAGGGCUCCGGACACGAUUUCCACUUGGAUUUGAAAAGUUCUGGUCACCUUGUGGCCCCUGGAUUUACCGUGCAGACCUUUGGGAAGGGAGGUACCAGAUCUGUGCAGACCUUCCCAUCAGAAGACUUCUGUUUCUACCAAGGCUCCUCACGGUCCCACAGAAAUUCCUCCGUGGCCCUUUCCACCUGCCAAGGCUUGUCAGGCAUGAUCCGGACGGAAGAUGCAGAUUACUUCCUCAAGCCUCUGCCUCCACACCUGGCCGGCCAGGCCAGCAGUUCUGCCGAGGGCCGUCCUCCCUCCCACGUACUGUACAAGAGAUCCUUGUCCCCAGCUCCCAGGUCCAGCCAGGUGCCGUUGAGCACCAGCGGCUGGGAGCCGCCCAGUCCGCACUCACGCAGCCUUCACCUGGGGCUCCCUGGAAAGCAGCAUUUCUGUGGAAGACGCAAGAAAUAUAUGCCCCAGCCUCCCAGAGAAGACCUGUUCAUCUUGCCUGAUGAGUAUAGCUCUUGCUUACGGCACAAACGCUCUCUCUUGAAGUCCCAUAAAAAUGAAGAACUGAACGUGGAGACAUUGGUGGUGGUUGACAAGAGGAUGAUGGAAAACCAUGGCCAUGAAAAUAUCACUACCUAUGUGCUAACAAUACUUAACAUGGUGUCGGCUUUAUUCAAGGAUGGGACGAUAGGAGGGAACAUCAACAUUGCAAUUGUAGGCCUGAUUCUUCUGGAAGAUGAACAGCCAGGACUCGUGAUAACUCAUCACGCAGACCAGACUUUGAGUAGCUUCUGUCAGUGGCAAUCUGGAUUGAUGGGGAAAGACGGGACGCGACAUGAUCAUGCCAUCUUGCUGACUGGCCUGGACAUAUGUUCCUGGAAGAAUGAGCCCUGUGACACCCUGGGAUUUGCACCCAUAAGCGGAAUGUGUAGUAAAUAUCGCAGCUGCACCAUUAAUGAAGAUACAGGUCUUGGGCUGGCUUUUACCAUCGCUCACGAGUCAGGACACAACUUUGGCAUGGUCCAUGAUGGAGAAGGAAAUGCAUGCAGAAAGUCUGAGGGCAACAUCAUGUCUCCUACAUUGGCAGGACGCAACGGGGUCUUCUCCUGGUCACCCUGCAGCCGCCAGUAUCUGCACCAGUUUUUAAGCACUGCUCAAGCUGUGUGUCUGGCUGACCAGCCCAAGCCUGUGAAGGAAUACAAGUACCCUGAGAAGCUGCCGGGAGAGCUGUAUGAUGCAGACACACAGUGCAAGUGGCAGUUUGGAGAGAAGGCCAAGCUGUGCAUGCUGGACUUUAAGAAGGACAUCUGUAAGGCUCUAUGGUGCCAUCAGAUUGGCAGAAAGUGUGAGACCAAAUUUAUGCCAGCUGCAGAGGGAACCCUCUGUGGGCCAAACAUGUGGUGCCGUGGAGGGCAGUGUGUGAAGUACGGCGAUGAAGGCCCCAAACCCACUCAUGGAAAGUGGUCCUCUUGGUCGGCUUGGUCCCCUUGUUCCAGGACCUGUGGGGGAGGGGUGUCCCACAGAGACCGCCUCUGCACCAAUCCCAGCCCAUCCCAUGGAGGGAAGUUUUGCGAGGGCUCCACUCGCACCCUGAAGCUUUGCAACCGUCAGCAGUGCCCCCUCGGCAGCAUGGACUUCCGUGCUGUUCAGUGUGCCGAGUACAACAGCAAGAGGUUCCGUGGCUGGCACUACAAGUGGAAGCCUUACACACAAGUGGAAGAUCAGGACUUAUGCAAACUCUACUGUAUCGCAGAAGGAUUUGAUUUCUUCUUUUCUUUGUCAAAUAAAGUCAAAGAUGGGACUCCAUGCUCGGAGGAUAGCCGUAAUGUUUGUGUAGAUGGGAUAUGUGAGAGAGUUGGGUGUGACAACAUCCUGGGAUCCAAUGCUACUGAAGACUCAUGUGGGGUGUGCAAGGGAAAUAACUCAAACUGCACUACUCACAGGGGCCUACACACCGCGCACCACCACACCAACCGGUACUAUCACGUGGUCACGAUACCCUCUGGAGCCCGGAGUAUUCGCAUCUGUGAAGUGAACAUAUCUGCAUCCUACAUUUCUGUGCGCAAUGACCUCCAACGGUACUACCUGAAUGGCCACUGGACUGUGGACUGGCCUGGCCGAUACAAGUUUUCAGGCACCACCUUCAACUACAGGCGCCCCUUGAAUGAGCCGGAGAGCCUAACCUCCGUUGGACCAACAAACGAAACCCUGAUUGUGGAGCUUCUGUUUCAGGGAAGGAACCUGGGCAUUGCCUGGGAAUAUUCGGUGCCUCCCUUGGGGGCCAAAAAGCAGCCAGCUGCCCCACCCAGCUACAGUUACACAUGGGCCAUAGUACACUCCGAGUGCUCUGCCACCUGUGGAGCGGGCCAGAUGACCACCAGGGUCGGCUGCUACAGAGACCUAAGAGUUCCAGUGAAUGCAUCCUUCUGCAAUCCCCAGACUCGACCUGCUGCAGGGCUGGUGUCUUGCAAAGUCUCUGCCUGUCCUCCCAGCUGGUCCAUGGGAAACUGGAGCACCUGCAGCUGCACAUGUGGAGGGGGUACCCAGAGCCGGCUUGUGCAGUGCACCCGGCGUGCCCACCACGGCACAGAGCCUGUUGAGGCUAUCCUCUGUCCACAGCCCAUGCCUCCCACCUGGCAAGCCUGCAACACCCAGAGCUGCCCACCUGCGUGGAGCACCGGACCCUGGGCAGAGUGUUCCAGGACAUGCGGGAAGGGCUGGUGGAGGAGGACUGUGACCUGCAAGAGCACCAACCCCACGGCCAGAGCCAAGUUGCUGCCUGAGGCUGUCUGCAGUGCACAGCCCAAGCCCAGGUCUCAGGGUGCCUGCCUGCUCCAGAGGUGCCACAAGCCUAGCAAGCUGCAGUGGCUGGUGUCCACCUGGUCCCAGUGUUCUGUGUCAUGUGAAAGAGGGACCCAGAAAAGAUUCUUCAAAUGUGCAGAAAAAUACAUUUCUGGCAAGUACCGAGAGCUGGCCACCAAGAAGUGCCUGCACCUGCCGAAGCCCAGGCUGCAGCUGGAACGUACCUGCAGCCUGCCUCCCUGCCCCAGGCACCCACUGUUUGCUGCUGCCGGGCCCUCAAGGAGCAGCUGGUUUACAUCACCCUGGUCUCAGUGCACGGCCAGCUGUGGGGGUGGUGUCCAGACGAGGCUUGUGCGUUGCCUAGCAGCCGGCCGGCCAUCCUCAAGCUGCUUCUCCCACCAGAAGCCCAUAGCCGCCCAGGCCUGCAACACUCGCUUCUGCCCCGUCACAGAAAAGAAAGAUGCAUUCUGCAAAGACCACUUCCCCUGGUGCUACUUGGUGCCCCAGCACGGGCUGUGCAGCCAUGAGUUCUACAGCAAACAGUGUUGCAAGGCCUGCUCCACAUCCAAACUGUGAGCUGGGACAGUCCCGCCUGCAAAGAAGGCUGACCCAGAUGAGCUGCUGCAGCCUGCUCAGGAAGCAAGGAGCCUGUGCUAGGUUCUUGGGCUUGGAGGAGUGCUGGCACUUUGCUGUGAGCCUUCCUGUGGGCAUAGCAGGUGCAGCCCCGGCCCCAUGGGACUG